AUGAAAGGCAAGUUUGUGGAGACAUGCGUGAACAAGUGGAGAAAGAUGGGGAGCAAAGUCAUACCUUGUGGAGGCUGCGACUACUGCUGCAAACACUACUGGGGAUUGUGGCCUGAUGUCGGUGAAUCCAAGUCGAUUCCUGGAGACGUGCCAAAGGGUCAUUUAGUUGUAUAUGUAGGGGAAGAUUACAAGAGGUUUGUGAUCAAGAUUACCUUGCUGAAGCACCCCUUGUUCAAGGCACUGCUGGAGCAGGCUAAGGACGAGUAUGACUUCACUGCAGCUGACUCCAAGCUCUGCAUUCCUUGCGAUGAAAAGAUGUUCCUCGAUGUUCUUCGAUGUGCCAGCUCGCCCCAGCAGGGCAGAAGUUUUCUCUGUCUUUGA